GCGUGCGAUAUGAAUUGCAUUGCGACAUUUCAUCCUGAGAUUGAUCGAAUGUCGUAAUUGGAUUAUUGGAUUCGCACGUGGUGGACCCUCGCUCUCCUGCCAUAGGCCAUAAAACGACGUACGUGCCUACAUGCCGGUGAUCGAUGAUCGGUGAUCGGUGAUUGGUGAUCGUACUCGAGUGUAUACGGUACUACGGCAUGGAGGGUAACAAACAAACGUUGGUCAAUAACCCGGCGGCGAAGCCAGGCACGUCGGACGACAACAAGGAUGAUAUACAAAUGGUACUGGCGAAAAUGAUGGAGGAGAAGCACACGUAUACGUAUAAGAAAUUGGUGGUGCCGCCGUCGAUGCGGAGUAUUUACUGGAAAUUCUUUGGGUUUCCAGCCACCGACGACGGCGACAUUCUCACCAAGGUAAAGAUCGUCUGCAUCCUGUGCAAGACGCAGAUCGCCUACAAUCGUAAUACCAGCAACCUGCGCAUGCAUCUGCAGAACAAGCACGCUCAGGAACUGAGGGACCUCGAAUCGUCCAAUCUCCCGGCUACGAAACAGAUCCUCUCGCUGGACAACAAGGAGCGAAAGAUGCAGAAGAAGCUGCUCAAGGGCCUGAGCCCUGCUAAAUAUAUCUAUACUACUAACGCAGACGGUACCGUUCAGAUAGACGGUGACAUACAAUUUGUUACAGAUCCUAACAUAAGUCUGUCAAACAUGGAGGACGAUAUCACCAUUGGUCAACCACUGAGAGUAAUGAUCAAGGGUGGCUCUGGUAUUAACAGUAACGGCCAGAAUGUGGCCUUCCUCAUGGAGGAGAAUGUCAACCAGUCGGUCGAUGUAAAAACUGUGUCGGAAGCUAUAGCGGACUUUCUAAUUAUGGAUUUGCAAUUGCCCGAGAUCGUAGAGGGACGUGGAUUCCAAAGGCUAGUAGCGACCCUACGUUCACCUUGCGAGAUCCCCAGCAAGAACAAGCUGGAAGAAGAGAUAGUACCCGGAAUAUAUGAUACCUUCCGGGAAUCGGUGAGAACUUCCUUGUCCUACGUCGCCUCGGAACUGGCAUUGACCAUUGAGGAGUGGCGGUCCAAUAACAAUGAGAAUUUCGUUACUAUGUCGGUUUAUUAUCAAAAUGACGAAGAGGCCACUUUAGAAUGUAAGAUUUUAACCACUCUUCACGCGCCGCUAGAUUGGGAGGAAUCCCAUUGGGGAAAUGUCAUAGACUCUCUGUUACGUGAAUGGGAGUUUAAAGUAGAGAAAAUAACGGCAGCGGUCGUUAGUACUUCAAGAACAAACUUGCUCGCGGCGCUAACUAACCUUGGCUUGACUGUGGUGCCGUGCUUGCUUCAUACUCUACAAAUGUGCGCGCAGGCUUGCUUCGAGAGUCCUCAAGUAUCGCAAACGUUAGCCAAAUGCAGAUCGGUUAUUGGUGCUAUCGUAAGCCAUCCACGUGCACUUGAAACCUUGACUAUGCAAGAACAAUUGUCAGAUCAGUUCGAUGAAAAUACUAUAGUCUUAGAUUAUCCAGCCAUAUGGAUGUCUACGUACACGAUGCUGGAACAAAUAAUUGCGCGUCGUAACAUGAUUGUCUCUGUAUUAGAAAGUACCGACGAGAUAGAUCAUGAAAUGUUUGAAAUCUCCAACGAACAGUGGAAAAUUAUGGAAGAUAUCGUCAAUGUUCUCGCACCGUUCAAAGUUACCAUUAUGACGUUAAGCGAAGAAAAAAUGCCUCUGAUAUCCCUAUUGAAACCAUUACUUUGGCAACUUGUAUCUUCGCAUCUUAAAGUAAAAGAAUCAGACAGUGGCACAGCUAAGACUUUUAAAGAAUCCUUGUCGGAUAUGUUGUGCGAACGAUAUGCGGAUUCCAAUGUUACGUCGUUUCUACAAAUUGCAACUACUUUGGAUCCCAGAUUUAAAACAAUGCCAUAUGUCACUGAAGAAGAUAAAAGUGUAGUCAGCACACCUAUAAAGCGAAUGUUGACGAAAUUGAUUCAGGAAGAAUCUGGGGAUGUUUCGAUAAAGACUGAAGAUGAGGCAGUACCAAGUAAAAAAACUAAAGUCUCAGGUAUGGAGUUCUUACUUGGUAGCCUAUGCACUACAAAGGCCGGUAUGCCCGCGGAGGAAAAAGCUGACCUCGAAAUUGUUCAAUAUCAAUCGGAACCUACGGCACCUCUCGAUUAUUGUCCGCUACAAUGGUGGUCGAAGGUGUCUGCGAAAUGUCCGAAUCUGGCAAAAUUAGUGAGCAAAUAUCAUUGUGUGCCCGCUUGUUGCGCACCACCUUCACGCAUCCCGCCAGACGUGCAGAUUCAAUAUGAUACAAGGCGAGCAACUUUGCCGCCUCAUCUGAUUGACAAAUUACUCUUUUUGCAUGGUAAUCAUACUAUGCAGAUGUAAAAAAAGUUUCUGAGCCUGCAAGACGCUGUCUGAAAAAUAUCUCGCUGUAUAUAGGAUAUUUUCACAAACGAUGU